AUCUCUCAUCACUAAAUUGACGUCACGCCAUUGGUACCUACGCCAUUUUGUAAGUGUUCGCCGAAGUUAAUUUUCUGGACAAAGUGUGAAAUAGUUUAUUCGCAUGGUUUUGUGUACAAUAAAAUUAAAAGACAUUUCUCAACCUAAUUAACGUCUUGGACGUUAAAUCACAGACUCAAAUCAUGGAGGACAAGGCGUCGUUAAAAGAACUGGAUCAAUGGAUAGAACAGCUAAAUGAAUGCAAGCAAUUGACAGAAAAUCAAGUAAAAACGUUAUGCGAUAAGGCAAAGGAGAUUCUGACUAAAGAGUCAAAUGUGCAAGAGGUGAAAUGUCCUGUGACCGUGUGUGGAGAUGUGCACGGCCAGUUCCACGACCUGAUGGAGUUGUUCCGGAUCGGCGGCCGGUCGCCGGACACCAACUACCUUUUCAUGGGGGAUUAUGUCGACCGCGGUUAUUACAGCGUCGAGACAGUCACAUUGCUCGUCGCCCUUAAGGUCAGAUACCGGGAAAGAAUAACCAUCCUGCGCGGAAACCACGAGUCCCGUCAGAUCACCCAAGUGUACGGUUUCUACGACGAGUGCCUGCGCAAGUACGGCAACGCGUCCGUGUGGAAGCACUUCACCGACUUGUUCGACUUUCUGCCGCUGACGGCGCUGGUGGACGGGCAGAUAUUCUGCCUGCACGGCGGGCUGAGCCCCUCCAUCGACACGCUGGACCACAUCCGCGCGCUGGAUCGCCUGCAGGAGGUGCCGCACGAGGGGCCCAUGUGCGACCUGCUGUGGAGCGACCCCGACGACAGAGGCGGAUGGGGCAUAUCUCCCCGAGGCGCCGGCUACACGUUCGGGCAAGACAUCUCGGAGACGUUCAACCACAGCAACGGACUCACGCUCGUGUCGCGCGCGCACCAGCUCGUCAUGGAGGGCUACAACUGGUGCCACGACCGGAACGUGGUUACCAUAUUCUCCGCGCCCAAUUACUGCUACAGAUGCGGCAAUCAAGCUGCUAUUAUGGAAUUGGAUGAUGCGCUUAAGUACUCAUUCCUCCAGUUCGACCCGGCCCCGCGCCGCGGAGAACCGCACGUCACACGGCGGACGCCAGAUUACUUCAUGUAGACUGCAUCGUUCGCGUUUAUCAUGCGGGAGGGUAGUUCCCUUGCGUCCGCAUCUACUCUGUUCCCACAAAACCACACAAUUCAACCACACUUCGUUGACAGAAAAUAUCAGACAAGAAACGGUUAACUCACACACACACACACACGGACAAUGCCCUCCAAUCAAUAUCACUUGUCAAACUUUAGAAAAAUAUGCCUUACGAAGUCGAUAAACUUGGCGAUUGCGUCUUACUAAAUUAUUACUAGUCAGUCACAGAGCUCGUAGAGACUGCUUGCAAAGGCACUCGCUUGUGCCAAGCUUGUGUAAUAAUACUGCAUAAGCUUUUGACUCUCCAAACGUCGCGAUACAAGUUUGCCCCUUAUUUUUCAUGCGACUGUGACGUCACACUGAUGUGUUCAAACCAUAGAGGAAUAAGAAUAGAGUGGGGAAGGCGGCUCUAAAAGUGUCCGUCUAGUAGGAAGAGAAAGAAGGUGAGAGACCGCUAGCUAUCUCUCUUUCUUGUGACGCAUGGCAUCCAUUGGCAUCACAUCAAAAUAGUUGAUGCUUACAGUUGCCAAUGCGCAAGCGAUUAGAGAGAAAAGCAAAAAAAGAGAGCUGUCUCAUCUUCUUUCUCUUUCUAUUAGAGGGACACUUCCACUUGUAGUAGAGCCUAUAUCUCCCCUACUCUAUUCUUAUACCUCUAUGGUCCAAACUAAAUGCGGCAUCCCCCCUCCCCCGCAUGCCUUAGCAUUGGCCAUUUUGAUAUCAAUCAACAAUUGAGUAAUGCAAAUUCUAGUAAGUGUACUGUGUCUAGUACAUAAUUUAGAAAGAGACAGUUGUCUGCUUCGGCUUUGUAGGGAACAUUUCUUAAGUUUGAUGUGUAUUAUUGUUGCCGGGUAUUGCACGUAGCUACGUACACGUAUACGUGCAUACAGUAUCUAUGUUUGUCGACGUAUUCAAGCGUUUUCGGUUCUACGUUUGUUCAAGCGUUUUUCGGUGUGAAUUUUAAAGUGCCGUGGACAAGUGGCAAUAAUUCAAUGCUUUUCAAUGUUAAUUCUAAAUAAACGAUUAGAAAUAAAGUGUAUUAUUACAUGUUGAAUGUCAGUUUAAUUCAAUAAAUGUGAUUCACAUAAGCUUGCGAUAUAAAAUGUUAUCAUGAUUGCACAUUUGUCAACUUUCGAGUUUACCCUAACGGAUAGAAAGGUUGCUACUUGUCUUCGUUGCUAGAGGAAAAAUUUUGAAGUAUUCAUGAUUUUCCCUACAGGCGUUAUGUAUGGAGAAGAAGCUUAUCCAUCACAUUUUUUGAAGACCUACAAAAAUUUUCUUACUUUAUAUUGUUUUGUAUGACCACGAUACGUUACGUACAUCAGUAUGUAUGCGUAUUGGAGUCAGGAUUGUUUAAACAUAUUUUUUUACUGGAACCGCCUUAUUAAUAAACAAGGAAUAAGCUUAUAAUAGUUACGCCGUGUUUUGUUCAUGUCACUCAAAUGGCAUUUGCCAUUCAUUAGACAGAGACAAAACAUAGAGUAGCUAAUCCAUGCGUAGUCUUCGUUCAUUAUUAAGGGGGUAAAGGUUAUAACGCCUGUCGAGUCUUGAUUCUCAUAUCCGAACGUUCGCGAUCGUCGAUGCCAUUGAAUUUUUAGUACAGUUGCGUCGGUAAAUGUUACCGCGAGCGUUGUAAUGUGAAAUUUUAAAGUUAGUUACGGUGUCGAUUCUGAAACGUUUCUCUAAACCUAAACUUAAAUUUGGUAACGGUGUGUAUUUUUGACAUUCUCUAUACAGAAAAUUAGAAUGAAAAGGAGAGGCUGAUGAUAAAUUUAGUUUAAAGUUUAGAGAAUCGUGCCAGAAUCGACACCGUUAUCUUAGUAAUGCUGAAUUGUGUUGUGAACAGAGUAUAAUAUUGGACAUCCAGUCUCGAAAUUGUAAUCGAGACGACCGAAAGCUACUUGCGACGUCUAAAAUCUUUACGAUUUCAUAGUGUUAAAUGAACGUGUGAUAUAAAAAAUAAAUUGCCUGCCGAUGCCUAGUCGUUGAGUAAAAUUCGGGUAUUUACAUCAUUGAAUAAUACACACUUGCCACGUGGCGUUCUAUAUAUAACCUCGUUUGCAAACGACCUCUGAUACUACUCAUCUAUAAUUUUUUCGACGGGGCAUCGAACCCGUAAUAUGUGGCCGAGAAUUGCAUUCUCGAUUGGAAGAGGGACGUCGCAGUAGCCGACGGUUAUGCUGGUAUGUUCAUUGGCCGGUCGUCGAACAAUAUAUUAUGUAUCAAACACUAAUAUAGACAUUAUUAAAAUGAAGUUUGCCGAACGAGGGUAGUUUUAUUUCAUUCAGACUUCACGUAAUGGACAUACCAUCAUGAUUUUGUUUAAAUCUCAGGGUGGGUCGACAUCGCAUCGCUUGUGUCGGCGCGAAAAGACGCAUUAAUCACCACUGCGAGUUUAGAUAAGUUUUGAUAGUUUUCGAAUCACUACUCAUUCUGCCGCCAUAUAUUUCACAGCAGCGCUGCUGUGAAA